CCCAAGCGGCCUUGUCUCGGUCCCCAUGCCGGCCUCUUCACCGCACACAACAACAGACGAAAGACUAGUCCCGACGGAGCAUUUCGUUCCCUUGCCAGAUGAUGGACCGCCCUUUCUCUAGCUCGCAGCAGGGACUCCAUAAGUACACCUCCAUCUCGCACACUCUUCACGGCGACCUUCUCCCCACCGCAGCCCUCAUUAUUAAGCCGGCUUCCCUGCGACUUUCCAUCCUCGCGGCGUUGCUUUUUCCUGCAGCGCCAAAUUAGCCCUGGCCGCGCCAAGCCGCUUGUGCCGCUAGCCUGUCAGAGCCCGUUUUUUGCCUUUCUGUCCUCCCGAUCGUGCGAUUUAUGUUGAUUUUCCCUCCCAACCUCCUCCCCAGGUUUCCAACUCCUUACAAUCAACCCGUCCGCACCCGCCGCAUCGCCGUUCAAUCACCCACGCACCGUCGCAAAGACCGCUCCGACACAGCGCAUGAAGCGCAUUGCUUAACAGGACCUCUUCCAGCUUACCGCAUCUCCAUAUCACCUCGCGUUCUCAAGAAAACUCGCCCGGCGCAUAACUCCCAGCGCCAAAAAAAAAAAAAAAAAAAAAAAUCCAGGCAGCCGCCGGCACAGCGCAAACAACGCCUACUUUUGAAUACAUAUUCGCCUUCGCUCCCGCUUCGGUCGCCGACACCCGGCACAGGCUUGCGCUUCUGCAUACGCAGUGUACGGAUUGCUUCAAGCACGAUGCUUCUGCCUUCUGCCCUGUCGUGCGAGUCACGGCAACAACAAUAUUCCUCUCGGCCUCGCUUCGCCGCCUCCCACCUCUUCCCAUCCACUCCGCCGCCUUCUGACGAUGGCAUCAGAUCUGGAAAUGGCCUCCUGGGAACAUGCCGAGCGCUCCAGUCGCUGCUAAAUGUAUCCCCUGCUCCCUCACCCAGUCGUGCGCGCACUCGAGCACCCAAACCAGAACGUCUCCAGAGCCCUCUGCAAGUGAAACCUACGCCGUAUCUUCAGGACCGAACCACCUCUGCUUCAUCUACCUCAUCAUCUACAGGCCCAUUAUCAUCUGCGCGCACAGUUAAGAGGGUAGUCAAGCCAGCCGCAAAGUACCCUCGCGGCGCCAACAAGAGAAGGAGAGAGGUCUACGAGGAGUCCAUGGACUUCCAGCACGGAAGCAAGAAUAGAGAACAUGAAGACAAGUUCUCAACACCAAAGAGGCAGAGACGUGCACCUCCAGAGCUCCCACUUGGCCUCGAAACCGGAGAUUUCCGGUCACUCGACACCCCAUCCAAGUCGCAACGAUCGCCUACACAGUCCCCGUGCAUCCGGCGGCAAUGGAAUCGACGAGGUGACAACGCAGAUAAAAUAUCCAGCAGCACUGUUACCUCUCCGGAUCGAACCUCCUCCUUCCCUUCCUUCGCCGUUACGGCGGCCACACAUAACUCGUUAAACAAUGCCAUAGGCUCCUCGAUAUUCUCCUCGCCUCCUCAUCCAAGCACAGAGUGGACGACCGAAGACGACGGAAGACUAGUCGAGCUCGUGCUCGAGAAACUAAAACUAUCCAAGCGUGACUGGAAUGACUGCGCACGACGGAUGGGCAAGAACCACGACUCCGUCGGCAGGCGAUGGAAAGCCCUUGUUGGAGAAGGCAACGUCGGCCUCAGACGAGGACGGCGGAUGGUCAGAGGGCGGAUAGACGAGAGCUGGCGGCCAUGAUUAAGCCUACCCUUUGUCUCCUGCACCUUUCCUUUCUAUCUAUCCAUUAUUUCUUUCUUAUUAUUUCUCCUUUUAUUCGUCUCUUUUAAUACCUUCCUUUUCCAUCUUACCCAUAUUGUCAGCACUCUAGACCUAUCUUUUCAUGUGCUUUGAUUGAUUUUAUGUCCUUUCGCGAAGGGAGGAUGCCCUGAAGGAAACGGGCAAAAAGAACAGACAGUACUCCCUGGACGGCGGGAGGCUCGGCGCUUGCGGGAUAUUUGGGGUUUUCUUUUGUCUGUCUUUUUGUACUUGGCUCUGCUAUCCUUCGGCUUAUGAUGUGAUGACUCUCCUACAAAUUACUACUCCGUGUUCUGUCUGUCUAGCUAUUCAUCCCGACUAUAACCCACCAAAUAAACUUAUCUACUCAUCUUAUCCAUGUCUUAUCUUAUCCGGUUGUUUACUUAUCUGUUUACUUAUCGAUUUAGCUAGCUAUCUGUUGACGCGAUUAUUUCUGCUGUGGCUUGUACGAGCCUGCCCGCAAUCAAACAUCCCGGUCCGCAUGAAAGGAAUAUCCCUCUCUUCCAGGUACACCGCCUCAACGUUGGCCUUUCUCUGCUCUGCUUGCAUCAGUGCUGUUGGGACUCUGCUUGACCCCAGGAACAAAGAACGUCCGUUCGCUGA